UGUUUUUCACAGUCUCAAAUCGGAAAAUUUUGAAACUAUGACGACGGAGCUAGUAACGCCGGGAGAUGUAAUCGGGAAAGCAACUGAGUUUAAAGCUGGGAAAGGAGCUUACGUCAACGAUACAACCAUCUACGCUUCCCUCACAGGAACUCGUCGGAUUGUUUCUCCUCUUCCUGAAUCACUUGACAAGAGAGCUACUGUGGAAGUUACGGGUCACAAGGCUCAUGGUCCUAUACCAGAGCCUGGUUCUGUUGUCAUAGCAAGAGUGACUAAAGUUAUGGCUCGGAUGGCUGCUGUUGAUAUCUUGUGUGUUGGUCCAAAGGCCGUUCGUGAAAAUUUUGCUGGGGUAAUCAGGCAACAAGAUGUUAGAGCAACAGAGAUUGACAAAGUUGACUUGCAUCAGUCUUUCCAUGCUGGUGACAUUGUUAGGGCUAUGGUUCUGUCUCUUGGUGAUGCACGGGCUUACUAUUUGUCGACUGCUAAGAAUGAACUUGGUGUGGUCUCAGCAGAAAGUGCUGCAGGCGAAACAAUGGUUCCUAUAAGUUGGACAGAGAUGCAGUGCCCCUUGUCGGGACAAACCGAGAAGAGAAAAGUUGCCAAGGUGGGUAGUUAAACUUGAAGACGAUACUUGGUUUCUCUCACAUAAUGAGGGGUCUUUGCAACAAGAACAACCAUUUGAGAUUAUUACAAUUUUGGGUACUCAGGUGUAGAGAUAAGUUUAGAGCAACUGACCUUAUCAAGGUUGGCACAUUCAUGAUACUAUUAAUUAGGAUACUCACAAGUUGUUAAACUCAAACGACAUUUUGUUGUUAGUGACUAUUUCAAAAGUUUGUGUGCUUAUGUUUUGGUGAAAUAUUGAUUUAAAAAUGCGAA